GCCGAUCUGUCAGCAGUGCAUACAGUGUUGUCGUGCGGUGCUGGGGAACCACAGCUGUGAUUAUGAUUGCAUAUAAUGGAGAAAAAUGGAAAAAUCACGGACUGAGAUCACAGAGUACACCUACAGAGAUUUGGACUGGACGUAAAAAUGCCACAGGCCUUUGAACACCCUGCGGAUAUCGGUAUUCUCUGGAUAUAACGCAGUGAAGUUACGGGAAUCUUUGUCAUCCCGGACUAAAGAAAGACAAGGGGGCCUGAAAUUACACAGACGUCGGUGGAAGUUGAGCUACGGGCUGCGCUAGCUAAGUUAGCAUUUAGCUUAAAAAUACCAAGGCAAGGGAAGUGGGGUUAUAAAGUGCAACGGUAUAUGUGGCUGUGUGUGGGGUGACGCAUAACCAGAGACAGUGUCUUUUAAUAAGUGCCGUGUCUGAUAACUGCUUUGGCAACGUUAGCGCCAGUGCUAAUAGCUAAGCUAGCUGGCUAGCUCUCUGGCAGGGCUAGCUUGUUGUUCCCCCGUGUUAAACUUAGCAGAGAGCUUCUUUUAAAUGGGAACAAAACACGAACUCUAGCUUUGGUAGUUUGUUGCUUUUAGGAAGCAUACCUUAGCAGAGGUUUCUGCUUAUAGAUUUUGGAAAGUGGCUUUUUAUAUUUACCGUUCAAGGCAAUAAGCAUGUUUUUCUUCCCUACAUAGACCAAGGCUGCAAGAGUUGUCCCGUCCGGAUUCAGUUUAGACUUUGAUUGAAUGUGCUUUCACUUUUUUAAUAUAUGUGAUCUGUCAUUUUUGUCUAAAGUUUGAACUUUAGCGUCAGAUUGUGGUUACUAAUAAUCUGUCACUCAUCAGUUUGAAAGACAGUACCAGUUGUUUACAUUACUUUAAGUCCCCCACCCCCACUGAGCACCACCUAUCCCUAAACUAUUGUUUUUUCUUACUUUAAGCAAUAAGGAUGUUUUGCUUUUCAGAACCACCUUUUUUGGCACCCACCUUCUUUUUUUCAAGUAGGGCAUGCAUGUGAGUUUGGCCCUUUUUUAGUCUGAAAACUGCGCACAAUUUGGGCCGACUGGUAAAGUUGCCAGGUAAAACAAGGACUUAAUGCUGGUGGACACACAAUUCAGCAAGUUCAUGGCAUAACAAGACUUUGUUUUGGACCAAGUGAGUAGAAUAACACACACGGGGGUUAUCAAUCCUUGUGUCGCCGGGGGAAGUUUACAGUCACUCAUCUUCAGCCUCCUGGGCUCAGAUGUGAGACACAAUGGGCAGCCAGGGCAGCCCAGUGAAAAGCUAUGACUACCUGCUCAAGUUCCUCCUAGUUGGUGACAGCGAUGUGGGAAAAGGAGAGAUCCUAGACAGCCUGCAGGAUGGAUCAGCCGAGUCUCCAUAUGCCUACAGUAGUGGCAUCGACUACAAAACCACCACCAUUCUUCUGGACGGGAGGAGAGUGAAGCUGGAGCUCUGGGACACAUCAGGACAGGGGAGGUUUUGCACCAUCUUUCGCUCAUAUUCCCGUGGGGCGCAGGGGAUCCUUCUGGUGUAUGACAUUACCAACCGCUGGUCCUUUGAUGGAAUCGACAGGUGGAUCAGAGAGAUUGAUGAGCAUGCUCCAGGCGUGCCUCGAAUCCUCGUCGGUAACCGUCUACAUCUGGCUUUCAAAAGGCAAGUUCCAACGGAGCAGGCGAGGGCGUACGCUGAGAAGAAUGGCAUGACCUUUUUCGAAGUGAGCCCUCUGUGCAACUUCAACGUCAUUGAGUCUUUCACGGAGCUGUCGCGCAUCGUCCUGAUGAGGCAUGGCAUGGAGAAGUUCUGGAAGCCCAACAGAGUGUUCAGCCUCCAGGACCUCUGCUGCAGAGCCAUUGUUUCGUGCACGCCGGUCCACCUCAUCGAUAAGCUCCCUCUUCCCGUCGCCAUCAAGUCCCACCUCAAGUCGUUCUCCAUGGCCAACGGCAUGAACGCCGUCAUGAUGCACGGACGCUCAUACUCGCUGGCCAACCCGUCCGGCGGCUCCAAGGGCAACAGCUUGAAGCGAUCCAAGUCCAUCCGUCCACCGCAGAGCCCGCCGCAGAACUGCACCCGCAACAACUGUAAAAUCUCCUAAUUAACAGCUUCCUCUGGGGCGGGGUGGAGGCAGGAGACAAUGAAUGACUGACAGCAUGGGAUCAGGAGAUGGAUUUACAGGAUGUAGUUAGUUGGAGCAAAAGAGUACAUCCCUGAACCUGAAGAGCUGAAGAGCAGGAAUGAUGGAUAAAGGGAUGCAUGAGUGCUACCUCUCACCUUCAUGUUUAAUAGCAUGAAGCACUUUGCAGGGGAGGGUGCUGGGGGCUCGAAGAGUGCCUCAAGAUAUCAGAGGAGAACAACUCCAACCUUCUUUGUCUCCACAGACCUGAUUCUCACUACUACAAACAUGUUAAAUGAGAGAAAACGACUCCAGAUUCACAGCUGGAGUUUCAACUACAUGUACAGAAACCCCUCACCAACUCAAGCCACCAUAUUUAAAUCCUCUACAUGAUGCACGACUCAUUGUGUCUGUGCAUCACAGAAAUCACCUUUAAGUUCAGUUCUUCACUUUUAUGUCUCGUAUUUUUUUGUCUUCUGUCUGUCUGGUUUUAAUUCCACCUGUUUCUCAAUUUAUUUGCUAUUUGAAUGACCAAUAAGCUAAUGAUCAAAACACUAGUAACCAGUCAGUACUUUACUGAUAUUUUUUAUCCUCAGCUGGUAACAGUUGUGUUUGAACACUCAUUGUGCUUUGGAGGUAGAAAUAUUUUAUUUAGUAACACUCACUAAAAUGGAAAUCUUGGUGACAAGAUGAGAAAAGGUUUCCACCCGCUGUUGUAGUCAAAUUGGAGGUCUUAAGGCAAACAUGGCUCCUCUGAAAUCCCCUAAAAGACGCAACCUGAACCAGAUCUCAGGUCCAGACUUGCUAGUGUGCUUACGUUUUCUCCUAAUUAUUUGGGGUCAUAAACAAAUGUGAGCCUUAACAACACAUGCUGAAUUUUCACUGACCUACUUCAGCUGCAGCAAACUGGCUUAAAGUACAAAAAUCAAGUUCCCCGAGUAGACAGUUCUCACAUCAGAGUUUCAAUUUUCUCUUAUAAUUCUGUGGUUUACACUGCCGCCUACUUUAACAAGGCAUCCAGUGAUGCUUGUUGCCAUGGAUACCACUCAACGCUUUAAAAAAUAAGCAGCCUAUUUGAGAUAUCUCAGUCUUCCUGUGAAAUGUAUUUUUAACUGGAGCAGAAGGCCGGGAGUAUUCUAUAUAUUUAUUGCCAACAAAUCCCAUUGGAAGCCAUUUCUCUUUUGGCCCACGAGCUUCUGGAAGUUGUAGUCUGGAGAUAAGAUGGAGAAGAAGAGCUUCACAUUUGUGUCACCCAGAGGUCUGGAUCUAAGUAGAGAUUAGUUUUUACUGUCACUUCCUCCUCCUCUUUCCUUCUUUCUGUUUUCCCCUCUCUGCCAAACGCUUCAGGACGCCUGCUCUUCAUGUUUUCCCAUUUCACACCUCACCUGUCAUGUCACACGUGUCAUGCAGCAGGAAAAUACACACACAUCACCAGUACAGUCUAAUAUGUGACACUAAAUUUUUUUCGCUCCCUUAUAGUGAUGCUCCACUCAAAUUCUGCUGUGUGUGUAGUGUGUCCCAAGCACAGAGUGAGUGUUUGAACGAAGAAGUUUCUGACACGAUGAGACAAUUUAUCCAUGAGUUGACAAAUUUUAAUUAUUCUUUUAUUCAAGGACAAAUGCUAAAUAUUUGCUGAUUCUAGUCUCUACAAUGCAAGAAUUUUAAACUGAGAAUUUGGAAAAAAAAGUUAUUUGAAGAUGCCCACGUGGGUUUUGGGAAAUUUUGAUAGACAUUUUCAGUGUCUUUUGGCAAUUUAUAGACAACACAUUUAAUUGUAAAGAUAUAAAUUUAUAAUGAAAAUAACUAAGAGAAAUAAGUUGAAGAUGCAGAUGGAGGGUACAGAAGUCUCUGUGAUACAUUUUUUCGACCAUAAAAACUGGUCUUGAUUUUAUAAAUACAACCACAGCUGCUAUUCUUCAUGAAAAACACAACUUCAAACUCCAACAGAGGAGAAAGAUUUUGAGUGGAAUAUCAUUUAAACUACGCUGAGACAAACUGAAAACCAGCAGAGACAAUAUGCACCCCCCACACCUUUGAUGUUAUGACCUAGUGUGUUUUCCAUACAUUCAUUUCAGUGUCAGAGGUGGAGCGAGCAUGAAGCUGAAGGCAGGGGAGGCACAGAUAUCUGAUGGUGGCGGCAGCGACCGGUAAAAGUCUGAUAAGUGAAAACAGAAACCCGUCAGAGAAGCGAAACAGGAUCAUGUCGGGUAAAGUGGAAUAUUUCACGUGUUGACAGUAAACAGGGACCCAUGUUUAUUUGUUUUGUCUAAAUGUCACUCACUCCCCUGUAUGAGCAGCUCCUCCUCUCCAAACAGAGCAAACUGCUGAUUUAUUUUAAACUUGAUUGAUGUUAAAGGAUCCAGAUUUUCAAUGUAUUGUUCAUUUUUAAAGCAAAAAUAGAAAAAAAAAUGUUGCCUUACACGAGUAACUAAUUACCAUCCUCCAAAGCAGCCAGUAGUUUAAAUUAAUUUUAAAUAAGUGGGAGGAAAUGCUGCAUUUUCUGGGGUCUAUUUUUUCCGCAGGGAAUUAAUCCACAUUUGGUUUUUGGGGGGCAUCAGUGGAGGUCUGUGGCACAGAGGAGAAAUAGUGGACACACUCAGUACUUGUUAGUAUUGGGGGUUGACUGACAUUGAUUUUUUUGGCCCGAUACCAAUACCAAGUACUUAAUGAGACCAGUAAACGAUAUUUGAAACCGUUAUGCAUUUACAAUAAUGAAAAUAUUUCUGUAGAAAUCUAGAAUUUAAAAUAUAACAAACUCCAAUGCAGAACUUUGUUUAAAUGCUUUCAGCAAAUGUUUAAUUAAAACUAAAACUUUCAUCAUCAUAUACAGCGAGUUCCAUGUAACUUGUUUUUAUAAAGUUUAGUGAAAAUUUAAAUAAAAAAUGAAUAAAAAUAGCUCCCUGAGGUUUUACAAAGUAAAAGUCCCUCUCAUGCUGACAGUUUCUUUGCAUGUGUUGCAGACUGCUGUCCCUGGUGUUGGUUGAGUGUAAUCCGCACAUUUUGACAUAAAUUAAUUUUAUUGCCGAUCAUUAAAAUAAAACACUGAUACAGAUUAUCGGCAUAUUGCCAAAAAUCGGCUCUGAUAAUCGGCCAGAUAAUCUGUCGACAUCUUGUUAGUAUGGCAUUAGUUGUGUGUUAGUUUCGGGCAUUUCAUCGGAUUUCUUUACAGUAGUGUUUUGGGUUUUGUUCUCACUCCUUGCUGCAUUCAUGUCCAGUGGGAAACAGCAGUUAUGAGUGGAUGAGUUGUAAAUACUGUUCAGCAUCAGGGGAACAUCUGCUCCAGUGUAUCAGUCACUGGUGUGAAAAGGUAAUCUGACUGAACCAACAGUUCACACAUGUCAGCUCUUCCGAGUCGCUGCUUUUUAACUACCAAACUGCUCCGACUGGAUCUCCCACUGGAAUCAAUGCAGCAUGUCUUCUUCUUCUUCUUCUUCUUCUCCCUCUGAUCUGCACCAACGCCUCCGCAUGCUGUCCCAUGAUUCAUAGCUGCUGAAUAAUAGAUGCUCUUUUCAUAGAUCUCUGGAGGGCUUCGUCAGUUCGCCCCGGCUCCGUCUCUCCCUCGCUGCUCUUUCAUCCUCCACUCAGCUUCAGCGUGGUUUGUUUCUUCCUCUUUUUUCAGUGGUCCUCCUCAGCAUCGUGUUUCUCUUUGACAGAAAGAAUGAGCUGCUGCUUGUUUUUCUGUUUGACGCCACAUUUUCCUCAAGUUUUACUGUGUUCCUCCUCUUAAAUCCGGUCCAGUCAGCUCAGAGUUAACUGAGCAAUGUUGGCGGACUCUCCGUCUGUCUCCCCUCCUCCCUUGGUCUUAUCUCAGGGAGUCGUCUUUGCCUCCAGACUUUAAGAUGUCUUGACUCACAUGGUGAAGCCUCCUCGCUUUAGGAAAUAUUUCCACUGAUCCAGAGUCAGAUUCCUGCAGCGUAGAUGACACCAGUCUUUUAACUGGCUUUAACCCAUUUACUCCAAAUGAUUAUGCAGUGGAUCCCUACUUGUUUGGCUUGUGGUGAGAGGCAGUGAAAUCAAAGAAUACGUUUUGCUACUCAGUUUGUUUUAUUUUAAUACUUUUUUGGGCCAACAGAGGGAAAUAAUUUAGUAAUUAUUAAGUUAUUUUUUCUAAUGGGGAACUGAAACCAUUAAGAACAACUUUCUUCAAAGCCUCCAGAUUCCAUUGACAAAAAACAAUUUUACCUCACAGAACACAGGAGUUGCUGGUCUACCGCUGCUUUAGAUGGUUAGUUUGUGUUAUUAUGUGACUUAAGUGAUCCCAAGCUGGUCAUUUAAAACAAAUGCAACCCUAUUUCAAAAAACGUUGCCUUUAAGUAAUAGUACAAAAGCACUGAAAUGUACUAAAGAACCAAAAUUAAGAGUACUCAUCAUCCAGAAUGGCCCAGAAUCACAUAUAUUAUAAUACUGGAUUAUAUUUAUGAUGCAUUCAUGUAUUCGACACUGUAAUAUUGCAGCUAGUAAAGGUGGGAAUACAUUUAAUAACCUCACAUAAAGUAAGUUAAUCCAUAAUAAUGCAUCGUAAUUUAUUAGACAAUGUAUAUUUUGCAUUAAUAAGAUUACUCCAUUAAGUAAAUAAAGCAUUUACAAAAAAAUACAAUAUUUCCCUGUAAGAUUUAGUGGAGUAGAAGACAAAAGACUGAAAAAAAGAAGAAUUACUUCAAAUUCUUAGUUAAAUACUGUACUUAUUAUAUUCCUCCACUGGGAACCAGCAUCUGCACAAAGCUCGGAAGAACAUGUUUAAAUGCAGAGUGAUUAUCAGUUAUGUUCAUUUGUAGUAAAUGGGUUAAAAUGUGUAUAAAAUGUGACUUGAAGAUCAUUUUUAUUCAUGACUGCGUCCUGAGUUUUAGGGUGAAACAGGUUUAGAAACGGCCAAUCAGAUAGCUCAUAUUUUGUGUUAGCAUUAGUUUCAUCAGCAUCAUCGCUUUAAGGUCGACUCGAGCUUGUUACCAAGAUUUUCAGACGAGGUUUCCCUCUCUGCGAUGGACAGGAAAAGGCUUUUAUAACUGUUGUGGUUUCAGACUCACGGGGCAUAAAAUACCCUCACGGGGUGUGAUGAUGUUGUUUUGUGUUAUUUUGUACAUCCAGACUCUUUGUGUUAUGUGAUAACACUCAAGCAUUUUCCUCCUUGUUUUGCUUCCACGUCUCCCUCUGCUUUUGUAUGGACUCCCUCUGUGCUGGUUGGCUCUUUUCAGAAUUGUUUAUCCUGGAUUUGACUUUUUGGAUUUUCAUUGACUUUUUUAAACGAUGGAAAUGUCUGGAGAGGAUGGUGGGAGAUUCAGGGACGCCCUCUGAUAUUUGCCUGUUGUGGAAGUGUUUGUGUAAAGGAGCAGACUGUUGUGAUGAUGACGACUUAGACAAAAAAAAAAAAGACUUGUAAAACACUAUUCUGGUUUUUGGCUAAAGCUGCUGAGUAUUCUGAAGCAAGUGUGUGAGAGUGAGUGUGUGUGUGAGAAUGUUCUUCAAACACUAAGCUGAACAUUUUUCUUUUUUUAAAUUAUUGAUUGUACAGUUUCAAGGCAAGGGUAUGAAGAGAUAAGACUUUUUUCACAAUAAAAUUAUUGAAUGUUGGAGUCAA